AACAGGACGCCUCUGCGCGAGCCUGCCAUUUGCCGCCGCUGCGCAUUAGUGGACCAACUGCGGCAGCUUGAGAGGCGUAUCUGUACAUUUCGACAGCCUUGGCGCAGCCGCCGAGCUGCGCGCUGGUCGAGCGGCCUAGAAAAGCUCUCAAAGGCCGGACGCCGCCGGCGCGCGCCGAUAGACCGCGCCAGGAGUUUCCGGGCCCACCGCCGCCACGCUUAAGAGUGUUGGCCCACGUGGCGCCCCCCGCAAGCGUCAACCAUGGACGACUUGGACGCGGCCGUCUGCGGCACGCACGAAGGAGCGCGCUACUGGUGCAAUAAACGAGAUAACCCGGGCGCGGUGAUGGCGUCCAUGCUCUGGGUCCUGACGUUGUAUGCGGACGUCGUGGUGACGGUCGUGGCCGUGGACGGCGGCUGGUCGAUAGCGCACGUGCCGAUCUACAUUUUUUUCUCGUGUUUAGCUUUGAUAGCCCAACUGAAAACGAUGUUCACCAAUCCUGGAGCGGUACCUAGGCACGCCCAGCCUCUGAUCCGAGCAUCCGAAAGUGGAAUCCCGGAAACGAUCUGUGGGCGGUGUGAUGCGUAUAAACCCCCUAGAUCGCACCACUGCCGCAUCUGCAACCGAUGCAUCGUGAGGAUGGACCACCACUGCCCCUGGAUGAAUAACUGCAUCGGGGCGAACAACCAGAAGCACUUCAUGCUGUUUUUAUUUUAUACUUUGAUUGAGGCGACGUAUGCUCUGGCCCUGAUUCUAGCCAACGUGCGGACGGGCUACGUUUAUAGUUCAUCAACAGUAGCGGGCCUCGCCUAUGCUCUGCUCGGGAUUAGUAUAGCUACGCUGUUAUUUGUAGCGACGAUGAUGUACAAUCAAGUGUACGCGAUCGUGACGGGCAUAGGUACGAUUGAUAGAAUGCGGAAGCGGGGCCCGAAGGGCAACUUCGCGCCGGUCCCGUGGGUCGACGUGUUUGGUGUCGACCCCUGGCCCCUGUACCUGUUGCCCACAGACGUCAAAUAUAGGGACUUCCACCGGGUCAUGGGCUAUAAAGUGGCGACGUGGGAGAUCUCGCCGGGUCCCGUCGCCGUGCCGCGCGACGAGCCGCCGUCGCCGCCGCUGACGCCUUCUAGGCCCGCUGUCACCGUCGAGGAGCGGCCAUCAUCAACGGAGGACGGCGCGCUCGACGAGCCGCUCGUGCGGCCAUCGGAGGAGGUAUAAAUUUGUUUAAACUAA